AUGGGUUUUUUUGAGAACACACUUUUUCCACCUUCCUCAGAGGAUAAAUUUGCACUUCUGGCACGACUAUGGAAUCUUUGCGACGAUUUUAGAUCCCAUGAGGCUGAGUACGACGGAGCGGCCUACCUUGCCUAUUAUGGACAACAAUGCAGUCAUGCGGGUCACGAUGAGGAACAUAUCCUUGUUAGCACUCACCACGACAUUUGCGAACUUGCAACACAGAUCCUGCAAGGAGCAUCUAGAGAAGAUAUCAUAUGCCGAUUGAGCUUGAAGUAUCCAGACUUGGGUGGAGAAAUGGACCUUGAUAGGACAGUACGGUUGAACAAUUCUGUUGACCUUGCAGCCCGGCUAGUAUCGAUGGUUAAUGUCGGUGUACCAUGCUGCACUGCGGGUCGCGGAGGAGAACCGCUGAUAUGGGCACAGGGCCCAUUGAACGAGUUCCUGAGAGCGCACUUCAACCAGCCCAGCCAGGACAAGACCCAUGUCAAAUUGGACUUCUCAUUCAAGGGCCGGAAUUUGGAACGACUGGGACGCAUUCGCGUCGACUGGACGAGCAAACUUGAGGAUCACCUCCUUCUCACCGACGACAGCGAGCGAAGGGUUGCUAUUUUCCACCAUGCGUCCUUCUUGAAAUGUCAGCAGAGCUCGGCAUGCUCGACUUUGCCUUCUGAGAUAGUCGAAGAAACUCUCCGAACCAUUGCUCUAUUGUUUCCACAAUCUGAAAAGAGAACUGUCAAGUGGUUCCGAAAGAAAUGCACCAGAUAUCCUCAUCUAGAUAGCCAUUUGAUUAAAUGCGGCGGCCUCAGACCUAACGACAGACAAAUCGAGAAAUUCAGAUUCUGGCGCGAUCGCCUGAUUAUCCUUAAGGAGGCCUUCGACGAAAAGACCAAGCCGAGCACAUUCUCGCAGUUAUGGUAUGAUAGACGGAAUAGGCUGCAGUGGUCCACCUUCUGGGUAGCGAUCCUUGUGUUGAUCUUGACUGUUUUCUUCGGGAUUGUUCAGAGCAUAGAAGGCGCUCUACAGGUAUACAAGACAUAUCAUCCAACGGCUGGCUAG